AUGAAUAGCUCAAGUAUUAUUGACUUGAACAAAUCAGAAAAUAAAACUGAGAUGGAAUUUGAAGAUACUUAGCAAGAAUUUCUAAUCUUAUAGUAGAAAAAUAUUCAGCCUAUAAAGCCUAAGAGAGUAAAAAAGAAAAAAAUGACGAAUGAUUAGGCACUUUUAAAGCUAAUUUAUGGUGAUGAUUAUGAAGAACAUAUGAGAAAUAACGAAGAGAAAGAAAUUAAGAAGAUGAAAUUCUUAUAAAGUAAAGAAAUGGCACAAGUUAGGGAGUUGAUGGAGUCUGUCAACAAUUAAAAAAGACGAUUGAAAUUGCUAGAUUUUGUGCUUUUGCUGAUAUCUAUUUUGAACAUGAUAAUAGCAUAUUUGGAAAAUGUUUAGAAAUUUUCGAGUGAAAUAAAGCCAUUGAUAAAAACAGCAUCAAGCUACAGAACUGAUUAUGGAGGAUCAUUUGGUGUUGACAAUAGGGCAUUUUGUGUUGGAAUGAGAUAUUUAAACAUCCUAGUCUGCUUUAUCUUGGACAUAGGUAUCUGCUUCAGAUAUAGUCUUAACCUUAGAAUUCUUAAAAUACAGAAACUCCGACAUCCAAAAGAUAACUUAUUUUCAAAUAAAAAGGAGUUAGUUUGGCUUCUAACUGAACUUAGCCUUUGUUCUUUAUGCAUUCCGCCUAACUUAGAUCUUGAUAUUAAGGAUUCGAUGUUAAAUGGUUCUUAUAUUUAUGGCAUUGAUGGAAUUAUCUUGCUCUUGACUAUGUGUAAAAGUUAUUUAUUAGUAAGAGUAUAUAUUGGUCUCUCAGUUUUUUCAACUAACGAGUAUAAUAAAGUACUUUAUAAUAUUCAUAAGUUCCAUCCUAACAAUUUAUUCUGUAUCAGAUCUGAUAUCAAGUAUAUUCCUUUCAUUAUUUUAGCUGUUGGCAUGUAAUUACUAAUUAUUUAUACAGGUUUAUUCCUAUUAUAUUCUGAAAGGUCAUUUGAGCCUUUUGAUUUGACAAAGAAAACAAGUUUAAAGCAGUCUAAGAUUGCAGAAUAAUUUGAAAGUCUCACUGAAACACUAUGGCUGGCGAUAGUGUCGAUAAUUACAGUUGGAUACGGUGACAUCUUCCCACAAACUCAUCUUGGUAGAUUUUUCAUAGUCAUGGCUUAUAUAUUUGGAUAAGUAUUACUAAGUAUUCUCAUUGUGGCAAUGAUAGAUAAAUUUAGGUUGCAGUCUAAGGAACUCAGAGCUUACUUUAAUCUUAAAAUAGAAUAAAAGUAAAGAGGAGUGUAAGAUACUGCUGCAAAUAUCAUAUCUAUGAGUCUGAAACUUAGAAAGCUUUAAAGAUUUUUCAAAGAUAAGAAAAGUUACUCGAAGAGAUAAAAAAUUUAUUCUAUGAUUAAAGAUGAAACAUCUCGUAUGAGAAUGCUAAAGAUGUAAGUAAUUAUCGUUAUUAAGCAAUUUUUAUUAGUGCCUAGGAAUAAGAAGAAGUUUUGA